AUGUCGUCCAGUGGGAGCAAACCUAAGAAACGAGUCCUGGUUUCUUAUGGAGUCGAUAUUGAUGCGAUAGCAGGUUGGCUGGGGUCGUACAAAGGGGAGGAUUCUACGAGUGAUAUAUCCAGGGGGUAUCUUGCAGGUACUGAGGGAGUGAGGCGAUUGUUGAAACUGUUUGAUAGGACAUUCCCAGAAGAGUGUGCGAUGGUUCGCGAUGCGGGACACGAGAUCGGCCUGCACGGGUAUAGUCAUGAGAACCCGGUUGACAUGACACUUGAGCAACAGCGUGAUAUUCUCGAUUAUACGUAUCGAAUGCUCACUGAUUUCUGCCAUGGGAAACCACCACGAGGGACAGUGGCUCCUUGGUGGGAGGUGAGUAAGGAAGCCACGGAGUUGUUACUCGAAUAUGGCAUCGAAUAUGACCAUUCAAUGAACCAUCAUGACUGCCAAGCAUAUUAUCUUCGGACAGGCGAUGAGUGGACAAAAAUCGACUAUGGGAAGAAGGCUGCGGAAUGGAUGAAACCAUUUGUCAAGGGUAAGGAAACGGGCCUAGUUGAGAUCCCAGCCAAUUGGUACCUUGACGAUUUGCCUCCCAUGAUGUUCAUGAAGAAGGUGCCGAAUAGCCAUGGAUGGGUGAAUGCCAGGGAUGUGGAAGAACUUUGGCGAGAUCAUUUCGACUAUUUCUAUCGUGAAUAUGACGAAUUCAUCUUCCCCAUGACGAUCCAUCCUGAUGUAUCGGGUCGUCCACACGUGUUGUUGAUGCAUGAAAGGCUAAUCGAGCAUAUCAACAAGCAUGAAGGUGUUGAAUGGGUUACUAUGGAGCAAAUGGUCGACGAUUUCAAAUCGAAGCACAGGCCAGCAGAAGGAGCCAUGAUGCCUGCACCUCGAGGAGAAAUUCUCAAGAAGGCGAGCAAGUAG